CAAAGGAAGCACUCCGUGGCAAAGGGUAGAAAAAUUUGGGUUUGGCGCCAUAGAUUAACCACCUCGUUCAAAGGAGGAGAAAACUGAAAAAAAAACCCUUUUCUUUUUCCAUUUCCAAUUCCAAAAUCUGGUCCAUAGUGUUGAAUGAUUCCAUGGCUCCGAAAUCCAAAUCCCAAACCCUAGAAUCGUUAAACUCCACCCAAUUAUACCUCAACGCACUUCAAUCCCUCAAUCUCCCACCACCCACCCUCCCCCUCCCACCACUCCCUUCCUCCACCAUCCCCCACUCCAAACUCAUCCCCAACACCCGCUUCCUCAUCGACUCCUUCCGCCACACCACCCCCUCCUCCUUCACCUACUUCCUCUCCCACUUCCACUCCGAUCACUACUCCCCCCUCUCUUCCUCCUGGUCCCACGGCAUCAUCUUCUGUUCUCCAAUCACCUCCCACCUCCUCAUUAACAUUCUCCACAUCCCAUCCCCUUUCGUCCACCCUCUCUCUCUCAACCAAUCCGUCGUCAUCGACGGCUCCGUUGUAACCCUAAUUGAUGCCAAUCACUGCCCUGGCGCCGUUCAGUUUCUUUUUAAAGUGAAUGAAACUGAAUCCCCUAGGUAUGUUCAUACUGGUGAUUUUAGGUUUAAUCGUGAAAUGUUGUUGGAUUUGAAUCUUGGUGAAUUUAUUGGUGCGGAUGCUGUGUUUUUGGAUACGACUUAUUGUCAUCCCAAAUUUGUUUUUCCGACUCAAAAUGAAUCGGUUGAUUAUAUCGUUGAUGUCGUAAAGGAAUGUGAUGGUGAGAAUGUUUUGUUUCUUGUUGCUACUUAUGUUGUUGGUAAGGAGAAGAUUUUGCUUGAGAUUGCACGGAGGUGUGGGAAGAAAGUGUGUGUGGAUGGAAAAAAGAUGGAGGUUUUGCGGGCUCUUGGGUAUGGUGAGAGUGGUGAGUUUACCGAGGAUAGGUUGGAGAGUAAUGUGCAUGUUGUUGGGUGGAAUGUGUUGGGGGAGACUUGGCCUUAUUUUAGGCCGAAUUUUGUUAGGAUGAAGGAGAUUAUGGUUGAGAGAGGGUAUUCUAAGGUUGUGGGGUUUGUGCCGACUGGAUGGACUUAUGAAGUGAAGCGUGAUAAGUUUAAGGUUAGGGAGAAAGAUUCGUGUAAGAUUCAUCUUGUGCCGUAUAGUGAGCAUUCGAAUUAUGAGGAGCUUAGGGAAUAUGUGAGGUUUUUGAAACCGAAGAAGGUCGUUCCAACUGUGGGUUUAGAUGUUGAAAAGAGUGAUAGUAAACAUGUUGAUAAAAUGAGGAAGUAUUUUGCUGGAUUGGUUGAUGAGACGGCCAACAAGCAUGAGUUUUUAAAGGGUUUUAAGCAGUGUGACUCUGGUAGAUCGGGUUUUGAGGUCGGGAAGGAUGUUGGUAAUGAUACGGAACCAGGGCAUAGCGUCGAGAAAGAGGUGAAGCCGUCUGAUGUGGGAGGGGAUAAAAGUAUUGAUCAGGAUGUUGCUAUGAGUCUAUCAUCUUGUAUGGGAGAAACUUGCAUAGAAGAUCCUACGUUGCUAAAUGAUGAGGAAAAAGAGAAAGUUGUUCAGGAAUUAAGUUGUUGUUUGCCCACAUGGGUCACCCGAAGCCAGAUGUUAGAUCUGAUCAGCAUCUCUGGGAGCAACGUCGUUGAAGCUGUUUCUAAUUUCUUUGAACGUGAAACUGAAUUUCAUGAGCAAGUAAAUUCCAGUCAAACUCCAGUUCCAACACACAGAUCUUGCUCAUCGAAUGACACCAGUCCGCUUUCAAAAUCAAAUCUCAAGUCUUUCUCAUCGAAUGACGCCAGUCCGUUUUCAAAAUCAAACCUCAACAAUACAAACAGCACUACAAAAAAAUUGGACCUUUUUCGAAGUCAAGAGUCUAAAUUGACUAACCUAAGGAAAGCACUAUCAAAUCAGAUUUCCCCUUCCAAAAGAAAGAAGGGUAGUGAAAGUAAGUCAAACAAGAAAGUAAAAGUCAAAGCAAAAUCAGAAUCAAGUGGUUCAAAGCAGGCAACAAUAACAAAAUUCUUUGGCAAAGCAAUGCCUGUGAUGCCUGGUGAUACUCAAUCUGAUCAAUUUGGAUCGAAGCCUGGUGAGAGCCCCGAAGUUGAAGAAUUGGUGCCAACUGAUGCUGGAAAUAUGUAUAAGCAAGAGAUUGAUCAGUUUAUGCAAAUAAUAAACGGGGACGAGUCAUUGAAAAAGCAAGCAAUUACUAUAAUUGAGGAGGCAAAAGGAGACAUCAACAAGGCAUUGGAUAUAUAUUACUCUAAUUCUUGCAAUCUUGGUGAAAGGGAAAUAUCAGUUCAAGGGGAAUGCAAAGUUGACAGACCUUUAGAGAAGAAGUAUGUGUCAAAAGAGUUGAAUGUUAUACCUGAUAUUUCUAUGCAUAGAGUAUUAAGAGAUAAUGUAGAUGCAACUCAUGUAUCACUACCAUCUGAUAAAUACAACCCCAAAGAACAUGCGUGUUGGAGAGAUGGACAACCGGCGCCAUAUUUACAUCUUGCACGAACCUUCAGCCUGCUUGAGGAUGAGAAAGGAAAGAUAAAAGCUACUUCCAUACUAUGCAACAUGUUCAGAAGUUUGUUGGUCUUGUCUCCAGAAGACGUGCUUCCUGCUGUGUAUCUAUGUACAAACAAAAUUGCUGCAGACCAUGAAAAUGUGGAACUAAAUAUUGGUGGAAGUUUAGUCACUACAGCACUCGAAGAGGCAUGUGGGACAAACCGAUUGAAAAUAAAGGAGAUGUAUAAUAAACUGGGCGACCUUGGUGAUGUUGCUCAAGAGUGUCGUCAAACACAGAGAUUGCUUGCACCACCUACACCGCUUCUAAUUAAGGAUAUUUACUCUGCACUGCGAAAGAUAAGUGUACAAACAGGCAAUGGAAGCACAUUACGAAAGAAAGGCAUCAUUCUUCAUCUCAUGCGUUCUUGCCGUGAAAAGGAGAUGAAGUUUCUUGUUCGAACCUUGGUCAGGAACUUGAGGAUUGGGGCAAUGCUUAGAACUGUUUUGCCUGCAUUGGCUCAUGCUGUUGUUAUGAAUUCUCGCCCAACUGUGUACGAAGAAGGAACAGCAGAAAAUUUGAAGGCAGCGCUUCAGGUCCUUUCUGUGGCAGUUGUUGAAGCAUAUAACAUACUGCCAAAUUUGGAUAUCAUAGUACCAACUCUCAUGAACAAAGGCAUUGAGUUUUCAGUUUCAAGUUUAUCAAUGGUUCCAGGAAUCCCAAUCAAGCCUAUGCUUGCAAAGAUCACCAAUGGCAUUCCCCAAGCAUUGAAGCUAUUUCAAAAUAAAGCAUUCACAUGUGAAUAUAAGUAUGAUGGUCAGCGAGCUCAAAUUCACAAAUUAGUUGAUGGAUCAGUUCUUGUUUUUUCAAGAAAUGGAGAUGAAUCAACUUCGAGAUUCCCUGAUCUGGUUGACAUGAUAAAGGAAUCUUGCAAGCCUGUUGCAUCAACUUUCAUAAUUGAUGCCGAGGUUGUUGGCAUUGAUAGAAAAAAUGGAUGUAGGAUUAUGUCUUUCCAGGAGCUAUCUUCACGUGGGAGAGGAGGCAAGGAUACUUUAGUCACCAAAGAGAGCAUAAAGGUGGGCAUUUGCAUCUUUGUCUUCGAUAUCAUGUUUGCAAAUGGAGAACAGUUACUGGGUUUCCCUCUCCGCCUAAGACGAAAGUAUCUGAAGGCUUUGUUCUAUGAUGAACGACCUGGGUAUUUUGAAUAUGCAAAAGAAACAUCUAUAGAAGCAGAUGAUGCUUGCUUAACAUGUGAAGCCACAUUAACUAGAAUAAAUGCUUUCCUUGAAGAUGCACUGCACUCUUCAUGUGAAGGAAUUAUGGUGAAAACGUUGGAUAUUGAUGCUGGGUAUUCUCCAUCGAAGCGUUCUGACAAAUGGUUAAAGGUCAAACGAGAUUAUGUGGAAGGAUUAAAUGAUACUCUUGAUUUAGUACCAAUUGGUGCUUGGCAUGGAAAUGGAAGGAAAGCUGGAUGGUAUAGUCCAUUUCUCAUGGCAUGUUUCAAUCCUGAAACUGAAGAGUAUCAAAGUGUGUGCCGAGUAAUGUCUGGGUUCACAGACUCUUUUUACAUUGAGAUGAAAGAAUUCUUAUCUGAGGACAAAUUGUUGUCAAAAAAGCCGCCAUAUUAUCAAACAGGAGAGACACCAGACAUGUGGUUUUGUCCACAACUUGUUUGGGAAAUAAGAGGUGCAGACUUUACAGUAUCCCCAGUUCACCAUGCUGCCAUUGGUUUGGUUCAUCCUUCUAGAGGCAUCUCUAUCAGAUUUCCAAGAUUUAUUUGCAGAGUGUCAGACAGAAACCCAGACGAAUGCAGCACUGCUGCUGAUAUAGUUGAAAUGUUUCAUUCCCAGACUCGGAAAAUGGAUGUCCAAAUUGAAGAUUGAUUGUUGGUUUGAUUUCUAUGUACAUACUACGUUCCAAAUCCAAAUUAUUUCUAGGCAGCUUACCAAGAUGUUUCAAUGUUUUGUAUUUUUGUGUACCUUACAAUGUAUUUAACAUCUUUCUUGGCUUGUAAGCUUCGUAGACAGAGCAUUGACAUUAUGUCAUGGCUUUCUUGUUCUAAUAUAUAUAGCUUUGAUGCUUGAUUAAUGCCAAGGCCACUAUAACAAAA